CUGGCUGCAUGUUGAGAGUCUUCCCGUUGUGUGGUUUACUCACUCGUGAUCUAAGUGGUGCACGAUUUGAGCACACAGUACACGGUGUCACCCCACAGUAGAGUGUAACAUCACCUUAGUGCUCACAGUGUCAUUCAGUGAAGUGCUCACGUGCUAAGUGUCCACAUACGCUUGAUACAUACAAGAAUGUGUUCGGUUAAAUCAAAAUUUAUGUUUUCUCGAUCUAUAUUUCCGUGAAUUAAAAUCAAAUUGACCUGGAUUUAAUACUGUGAUAUAACACACUGUGAUAUUUUUCUUCUUCAGAGGACUUAAAUUGUGCCAUUGUCUCGAUGAUAAAAUUAAUGAGUUUUUGUAGUUUUUAAUUAGUUUUACCUCAUCGUAGGGCAAAUUUCGGUUGGUUAAAAAAUGUUUGAUUUGGUGUGUUUGGAUGUAACCCCACAGCCAAAGUGUGAAGCCGAUCUGAUUUAGAAACCAGGUUUCCUUGGAAUAUUGCCUGAGCUAAAACAUUUUGUUUACACGUGUGUUCUGGGUUACACGUGUGCUGGUUGAGAAAUGGGACGAACACACCUCGUGCAUGCCGUACUACAUGCGUACAUAGCCCUACUUGUGACGUCACAGCACGCGGUGUCUGGCUCAUGCAUGGCCAACAACACCUUUGAGACAUUUCGGCACUGUUUUGUGGUGGCUGGGGUCAAGGUGCCCCAGAACUUCAGCGAGUCGAUGGCCGACUUUAAGAACAUCAUCAUGAAUAUGUUCAUCAAGAACAGCAAGGAGGAGUAUUGUGCUCAACAAACCCAGCUCAAACAGGCGCUCACCUGCGGCAUAACCGGCCUGCACUCGUGCGUGCCGCCCAGUUACCGGGGCUACAUGGCACCCAUCAACAAGAUGGCGCCGUUUGUAGACCACCUGUGUGACAAAAACACAAAUAUUGACCUCCAUUGUGUACACAGCAAAGAGGCGUCCAUUGACGACUGUUUCUAUAAAAAGAUCACAGCUUCCAAAACUUUAGACCAAUCCAAGUUUUGCAGGAACUACAACACCUACAUCGACUGCAUGCUGACGGAGACGUCAUUCUGCGGCACCGAGACCUACACCUGGUACAACACCACCAUCUGGCACUACUUCUACCCGCCAUCUUGUCUGCACGUCAAGGACAGCAGCACGCGGGGUGGGAGUGUCACGUGGCUGAUUGUGAUUGGCUGCCUGCUGGCUCUGUUCAGGUAGCGGUGCCAGUCAGGUGUGGUGAUGGUGGAGAUGGUCAGCUGUGGUGGAGGUGGUCAGCUGUGGUGGAUGCGGUCAGCCGUGACGAGGGUGGAGGCGGUCAACCGUGACGACGGUGGAAGAAGUGGAGGAUGCUCUAAUGGCCACUUUCAUCACUAGAUCAUCGCUGACUCUACUGGGGGUUGGGUGGAGAUACCUCAGCCAGGGAACGAUUUCCAAAUAAUCAUCACACUAAAUAGAAGAAUAAUAUAAACACACAUAAAAAGAUUAAUUUUAAAUAUAAUACGCUUCUGCACCCUAUAUUUAAAUAACAAUAUAAGACAAAUGCUAUAGUAAACAAAUGUAUGCAUAAAUACCGUAUAGUAUACAAAAUGCACACCUACUUUAAUAUGACUUUAACCAACUUGACACCUGUCUGUGUAGACGUGCUUCAACAUAUUAUUGUGAAUCUACCUGCCUGAGUACCUGUUACACACUGGUUGAUGUGUAACCUGUUUAUAGUGUGUCACAUCUGUGUUUGAAACUCUCUGAACGAUAGUUUUACUACGUGAC